AUGGUUGUUACUGCACAUUAUAUUGAUGGAUCUUGGAAUUUGCAGAGUUGCAUCUUGAGGUUCAUUUAUAUUCCUGCUCCUCAUUCAGGUGAUAGACUUUGUGCUGCUUUAGUUAAGUGUUUAAUGGACUGUAAUACAAAAUUGUCAACUAUCACUUUAGAUAAUUGUAGCACAAAUGAUGAUGUGAUGGACAAAAUUAAGGAGAAGUUACAUUUAAGUACUUUGUUGAGGGAUGGAUCUUUACUUCAUAUGCGUUGUUGCGCACACAUAUUAAAUUUGAUAGUAAAGGAUGGUUUAGAAGUAGUGAAAGAUGGAGUAGAAGAUAUUCGGGAUAGUGUAGUUUAUUGGACAACAACUCAAGAAAAGGAAAAUUUGAGGAGACAACUAAGCAAAUGUGAAUUUCUUGCACUAAAACUUUAA